AUGGGAGGGACUAUUACGAUUUCCAACCUCGCGAUCUCGGGGUCGGUGAAAUCCCAGGUCUUCCGGCCGUCUCCAGGGACCCAUGUCGGCGCCGGUGGACCAACGAACUUGAAAAUAUCAACAAGCGUGAUCGCGCGAUUAGGGGUGAAGUAUUUUGCCGCUGGUGUUCCACGCAACUUGAGCCACGAUUCGAGCAUCGUCUCUGGCGACGAGAACGGUGAGCCUCCUUUUUCUUUAUCCGCUAUCAUGUCCAGCAUUGACACGACCGCUACAGCUGCAUCCUCUCUGCAUGGUUUCUACGGUUGGACCGACACGCUCAAAGGCGUAUAUUAUGGCCCAGGCUGCGUCAGCACAGCUCUUCCAAAGCUGUUGGACACACUUGGUGUCAAGAAAGCCCUGAUAGUGACGGGGAAGAGUCUGCACCAAAAGACCGAUGUCGUCCGAAAGAUCGAAUCCACCCUGAAGGAGCGUGACGCUUGGGGAGCCACAUUCUUUGAAAUCGGGGAGCAUACGCCGAUAGUAGGUAUUCGCAAUGGAAUCAAGGAGUACACGCAGAAUGGAUGCGACUGUAUCGUUGCUGUUGGUGGGGGUUCGCCAGUCGACGGGUCCAAAGCAAUGUUGUACAACAUCCAGAAGGAAUUUGGUGGCAAGACACCUCCUCAGAUCGCCAUUCCGACGACCCUCAGUGCCGCUGAAUACUCGAUCGGUGCUGGCUACACGAACGACGAAGGUCACAAAGUGGCAGUAUCUUCUCAGGAACUAGCCCCGGCCGGCAUCAUCCUCGACGCUGAGCUGACCUUGGCAACUCCAGAAAGACUCUGGCUAUCCACGGGCAUCAGAUCUCUCGACCACACUGUCGAGCAACUGUAUCGGCCACUCGUCUCUCAUCCUGUCAAAGUCCUGUGCUACUCUGCCAUGGCAGAUCUUUUCAAGUAUCUUCCAAAGUCCAAGGCGAAUCCCAACGAUGUAAACUUCCGCCAAAGACUCCAGAUCGCGUCAUGGAUGAGCCUAUGGCCAAUGAAACUUGAGAGAUACAGUGCUUUGGGUUUGUCGCAUGCAUUGGGUCACAAACUCGGGGCCAGAUAUAGCAUUCCCCACGGCAUAACUUCUUGCCUAACGUUGGCUCCAACUGUUAUUCUGAAGUCUGAGCUUGCCCCGGAGGAAGACAAGAAUUUGCUGGCGGCCACAUUGUUCUACCUUCAUGAGCCUUCGACUGGUUCCGUCGACGGCGAUGUGCGCCAAUUAGCCAAGUUGAUUAACAACCUUGUCAUAAACCUUGGCCUUCAAUCGACUUUGACCGAUUACAAUGUACCUCGAGAAGACCUGGUUUCAGUCGCACGCCAGGCACUGGGAAGAGAUGACGAUCCUCAGCAGGAGAGAGUCGUGAAGCUCUUGGAAAGCAUUUAUGAACCUCUACAACUGUAA